AUGCCCGCUCAAUUCGCCCUGCACGGAAACGUUGUCUCCACCGUGACCUUUGGACAGUCUAGACGUGGCCAUGCGCUUGGAGCGCAUGACGCCUACUCGUCUCAGAAGCGGGCCAGCUCGAUUGGAGCUCGAUUCCGUGGUAGAUUCGAUCCACCUGCAAAUGCAGACACCUCCAUCCCAUGGCCUAACUGUUCUUCCUCGCCCUAUACAGUCGAGGACUCUCUAGCUGACACUCAGUCGGUCAACACUGCGCGUAUCUGCAUUGCCGAGGCGCAGCUCGAGAAUGAGGUCGAGUUCGUCAACCACGACUUCAAGCUCGUCUGGUCUGAGGAGUGGCGCAAGCACCAGCCCUUCAACCAGAUGCCCUACAUGCUGAACAAGGACACUGGGUACACGAUCUACGAGUCCCGUGCCAUCGCCAAGUACCUGAUGGCGAAGUACAAGAAGACGGACCUGAUGCCCCCGAUGUCCGAGACGGAGAAGUACGGCACGUUCGAGCAGGCAUCGUCGGUCGAGGAGAACGACUUCGACGCCCACGCGGGCCAGCUCGCCGCCGAGCUCAUCUGGGCCCCGGUGUACGGCAAGCAGGCCGACCCCAAGCGCGUCGAGGACCUCAAGGCCAAGCUCCAGAAGACCCUCGAGGGCUACGAGCGCGUCCUCACCAAGCACACCUGGGUCGCCGGUCCGGAGAUGACUAUCGCCGACCUGUUCCACCUCCCCAACGGCACCCUCGCCGUCCUCAAGGAUGCCGCCCCCGGCCUCACCGACGGUACUCUCCCCCACGUUACCGCGUGGUGGGCCAAGCUCUCCAACCUCCCCAACUGGAAGAAGAUCGAGGGAGAGGCCCUGGAGGCCAUGAAGGCUAUGGGCGCUCACAACACCGAAAAUGGCGCACGGAUUGGAGCACCCCGCUAUAUCAGCAUCGGUUCCACAUUUCAGCUUCCCCGAGAUCCACGGGACGGUCUUACCCGCAUCAAUGACACCGCCAAACGACUGAACAGUAUCUCGCGUGACUGCUUCGAGUACGGCGCGUACGGCUUGAGGGACGCUUCUCAGACGCUUACAGCUUCUCGCCUGCCGCCUGCUCUUGUCUGGUUCGUGUGUCAACGUCAACGUGAGGCAGUGCCUCCAUCGAUGUGGCCCGUGUGUUGA